AUUUUGUACUUUUUACAUGGACCGCGCUUCCAACGUGAGGCGGUUGGAGGAAAAUCUACGUGGCAACCAUAUGUAACAACCACGUAAUUCAUGGGUAAAAAGGAAAAAAUAAAAUGUUCGCAAGGCUGAUUUCGUAAACUCACUCGAACCCCACAAGCGCGUCGGCCCAGGCAAACGUGGCGACGUGUGGGUGCAAUCGCGGGCUCAUGCCUCGCUAUUUCCACGACACGUAACCCCACUAAGGGAUUUGGAUUUGCAUUGCCACAUCGGAUGAAGACGUGGCAUCUUCCAGUCCUAGUCAGCAAACUUACCCCUCUUUAUAAUCUCCCCCAACUCUUGGUCUUCACUUUAGCUUUCGUACAGUAGUACACUAGACCAUCACGCCAAAAGAGCUCCCCUUUUUUCUCCCUCUCUUUCCUCACACGCUCGACGUGCUUGUGCCUGUAAUUUCUCUCUCUCUCUCUCUCUCUCUCUCUCUCUCUCUCUCUCUCUCUAGAGGCGGUGAUUGAUCGAACCGUCGGUUAAUUGUUUUUUUUUUGGCCGGAAAUGAUGAUUCCGGUUUCCGAUGAUCGGUUUCGAGGUUGCCGGAUUACUGACGUCACGUUGAUAUCUUUUUAGUUUUCCUUUUAAUUUUUUGUUCCUUUUUGGUGGUGAGGUUUAGCCGUAAUUGAGAACCCUAAGCAAGCGCGUCGUCUAUUGCGUAGCAGAGUUUAGAAGUUAUUCCAUGCUUUUUGUUUUUGCAAAUAGGAUCAAUUUUGAGGGUUUAUUAGAAGCGAUGGUGUUAAUCAAUUAGAUUAAGGUAUCCGAUUGUUCGGAUUAACAAGUUUUUUUUUUGCAGAUCGGGUGAUUUGUAAGCCAAUUUCUCAGUUUUCGUGUUGGUUGGUGUGAUUUAGGAUUUUUUUUGUGGCCGAAAAUCAUCAAUAGUUUUUUUGUUUGAUCACCGUCUCAAAUUCCAUAGUUUUGAGUCUAGAUUGCUAGAAUAGUUAGAAAUUACUUUAGGGAUCGAAAGUCUUCAUAGUUGACUGAAAUUUAGAAAACAGCGUGCUGUUGAAAAAAUGGACCUUGAAAACUGAAAAAAGCUCAGGAAAAUUCACGGCGCCGAGUUUUGAAUUUUGAUAAAUUCAAACCUAAAGAGUUAUGCCUUAUUCGAUGAAGAUUCAGCCAAUUGAUUUCAACGAUCCACAAGAGCCGCUGCCAAAAUUUGACGCUAAACCAAUACUGAAGUCCAGGUUUAAGCGGCUUUUUGAGAAGCCGUUCUCUAGCGUCUUGAAAGCAUCGGCCGCCGGAGACAAGAUCACCGAGCCGCUGCAGAACUGCAACAAGGAUGGUUCGGAGGAGUUCGACCCGAGCUCCGUUUGCCUGGCGAAAAUGGUCCAGAAUUUUAUGGAGGAGACGAACGAGAAACCGAAGCGGUGCAAUUGCUUCAACGGUAACUGCACCGACAGCUCCGAUGAGGAACCGGACUCGUACAGUUCUUCUUUCACCCACGCAUGUGACCUUCUCAAGAGUUUGGUGCCCUGUUCUUGUGUUUCUGAGAGGAAUUUGCUAGCCGACACUGCGAAAAUCGUCGAGAGGAACAAGAUCACUAAGCGCAAAGACGGGUGUUGCAGAAAAAUUGUGGCAGAUGGUCUAAUUAGUCUCGGAUACAACGCUUCGAUCUGCAAAUCCAAAUGGGAGAAAUCCCCUUCUUCCAUAGCUGGUGAAUACGAGUAUCUAGAUGUGAUAAUCGAAGGGGAGAGAUUGAUAAUCGACAUAGAUUUCAGAUCAGAGUUCGAAAUUGCAAGGUCCACAAAUGCGUACAAGCUAGUCCUCCAAACACUGCCCAACAUAUUCGUGGGAAAACCCGACCGUCUCGAAAAGAUCAUCGCCACCGUAUCAGAUGCAGCCAAGCAGAGCUUGAAGAAGAAAGGCAUGCCUUUCCCUCCAUGGCGAAAAGCCGACUACGUCAAGGCCAAGUGGCUCUCGCCUAAUUUCACUCGAAUCGGACCCAAAUGCAACAACCUCUUCAAAGACGAUAACACUGAAUUCGAGUUGAUUCUUGCAGACAAAUGGUCGCCCGUGCAGAAAGACGAAGAAGACGGCGAUUCCGUGUUUGUUUUUGCUAACAUUAGUAGCAGCAGCAGCCCGAUCGACGGUGUGAAAUGUGCGAAAACUCCAUCGGUGAAGAUAUGGGAGCUGCCAGCUGGGAAUAGGACUGAUAAAAGUAGUGCUAACAAAGGAGUUAAAAUGGUGACUGGUUUAGCUUCUGUAAUUGAGGAUUAACAAUACAGUUUUGUUGUUUGUUUGUUUGUUUGUUAAUUACCAGAAUGGAGUCCCUGGAAAACCUUUUACGCGAGGGGGGGCCAGGGCCAAAAUUUUCGGGUAUAUUUUGUAAUUCCCUUCGCCUUUUAUGUAAGGGUGUUGAACAUUAUUAUUAGCAGCUAAUAGUUGUACUAAUCAUCAUCAUCAUCAAUAAAUUGGUAUUAAUAAUAAUUGUUGUUGUUUUAAGUA